UCAAUUAUAAAUGGUGGACAAUUUUGUUUUUGCAUGACACUUUGAUUUCAUAUUUUCUUGCACGCUUUAUACGACUUCGAUGCUAGCAAUCAUUUUCCCUCUGGUUCUGUUGUUGGAAGGCUGCAUCUCUUACUGGUCUUGGGUGAACGAUUAUGACCAAACCUUUCACUUUCAAUGUCCUAAGGACCAGUACCUAACAGGGUUAGAGAGUGUAUUCAGUAAAUCUCACAACGACCGGAAGUUCAAUCUCCGCUGUACCCCCAGCUCCUCUCUACUACAUUCCUCCUGUGCAUGGACAGAUUACGUGAAUGUGAUGGAUGAACCUUUGGUGUUCCAAUGUCCCGCUGGUGGAAUUGUCAACGGAAUAGGAAGCUCUCAUGACGAUGCUUACGAAGAUAGGAAGUUUGAAUUUCGAUGUUGUAAUAUUUCGCUGACGUGCGUGUAUAACUGUAAAUACACGGGGUGGCUGAAUGGAUUAGAAGGACACCUUAAUUACGUGGUUCCGCCAAACCAGUUCAUUAGAGGAAUUGUUAGCUUUCACAAUAACGCACAUGAGGACAGGAGGUUUGAUCUUGAGGUGUGUUCCCUCAGCUAUGAUUGCCGUCAUAGUCUUACUACACCACCCUCCACAACCACCUCCACAACAACAACAGGGAAACAUCACCUUUUCCCGAUAGUAACCGGAAACGCUCCAAACCCGGUACCCAUCCUAGGGUAGGAGACCACCAACAAUAAACUGCGCUCCUUAUGAUGCAUGUAAAUCUUCCUUUAGAUUAAACAACACUAUUGUGUA